CUCCACACCUGAUAAAUGUGAAAACUCAGCCCCAUUCUUCAGAACUAUGGCAGUUUGUAUGUUGUUCCUUGCUAGCUUGGUCCUGUCAGGGGCCAUCGCCAAGCUGACACCGUCCGAUGGGUCUACUCCACUGAUCUCCAGCAGGCGGUUUGCAUUGCGUGAUACCCGUGGGGUGAAGUGCGGCAUUAAGCGAAACUUUUUCCAACAAAAUUCACGUAUCAUUGGGGGAGAGGAUGCUGAGGCAGGCGGACAGCCUUGGACGGUGUCUCUGCAGUAUCGCGGUAAACACAUCUGUGGAGGAAGCAUCGUGCAGACAACUGAGGUGGUGACUUCUGCACAUUGUGUUUAUUCUUUGAGCAGUGAGGUCAGUCACUUGACUGUCAUUGCUGGAGAAAACGAUCGGACUGCCAUUGAUGAUGAACAACAAGAUAUCCCAGUCUCAAGUGUAAAGAUUCACCCAAAAUAUCGACCUGAUGGAAGUAUGACCUAUGAUGUUGCAUUGCUUUACCUUUCUAAGCCAAUCAUCCUGGGUUCUGAAGUGCAGCGGAUCUGUCUACCGCAGGUGGAGGAGAAGGUUGAAGUUGGGACAUUGUGUAUCUCCAGUGGAUGGGGGAGAGUUGGGGAAAAUGCCGAGUUGUCAAAUGUCCUGCAGGUAGUAACUCUUCCAAUUCUAGACACCAAUAUCUGUGGCUCCUUUCUGGACUCCAUGGAACUGCCGGCUUUGCAUAACUCGAUGAUAUGUGCAGGCUUCCCAGAUGGGGGAAAAGAUGCUUGCCAGGGAGACUCUGGUGGUCCCUUGGUAUGUCAGCGGAGAUCUGGGACUUGGUUCUUGGCUGGGAGUACCUCUUGGGGUGUUGGUUGUGGAAGAGCUUGGAUCAAUUCAGCGCCUAGCAGUGAGGCUUUGGGCUCCCCAGGGAUUUUUGCAAGAAUUUCUGCUGUACUGGAUUUCCUGAGAAACGCAACAACUGACAGUGGUUGUAGCGCUGACCCGCUGAUUGUUGGCACAAAUGGGGUUAUCAAGUAUCCAUUGGAUGCCACCAGCAAUUAUUCCAUCAACAGCCUGUGUCGCUGGACAGUUACUGUACCAAAGGAGGAGAUCAUCCAGAUCCAGUUUAUUCAAAUAAGUAUUGAAGAUCAUGUGACCUGCAGUUUUGACUCUUUAACUUUUACUGUAAAGCAAAAGAUUAUCAGGAAAGUGUGUGGAUCCAUAUUGCCAUCUCCAUUACUUAUCCAAUUCAAUGAAGUGAACGUCACAUUCUUUUCAGAUGCUACCAUUAAUGGUGGUGGCUUUGAGCUAAAGUUCUUGGCCCUCCCAGCUGCUUCAGUGAAAGGUUCUGGUUGUAAUAGUGUUGCAGUGUUAAAGAAAGAAGGAGAAAUCUACACUCGCAAUUACCCAAUGCUGUACCCCAGUAACACUACAUGUCGCUGGGUCAUUGAAGCACAAAGAGGCAAAAUUGUUCAAUUGCUUUUUGAAGACUUUGCUGUGGAGUUCCAGGAGAAAUGUCUAUAUGAUCGUGUUUUAGUGUAUGGGGACAGAGACCAAAAGCAACUAAUUGUAACUUUAUGUGGAUUUUCUGUGACUCAGCCAAUCUACAGCCCGGGGAACAUUAUGAUGAUUGUAUUUGAGAGCGAUGAUGAGAAUAAUUUCUAUGGUUUCAAAGCCAAAUUCAAGUUUUUAUAUUCGGAAGUAAAGUCACAGGUCUUACCUAGCUUUCGUCAGGCUCCCAAUCUCAAAAGCAUCCAGAAAAGUGUCUGUGGCAUGGCCCCUCUCUCAGCCCGGUGGCUUCUGAAUCGAGUUGUUGGUGGGGAGGAAGCGUGCCCCAAUUGCUGGCCAUGGAAUGUGGAGCUGAUGUUCCAGGGAAGCUUUUUGUGCAGCGGGGUGAUUCUGUCAGCGAACUGGGUGCUCACAGUGGCCCACUGCUUACUGUCCCCUGAUCCCUCCCUAUAUGUGAUAAUUGGUGGCAUCCAUGACAGAUUCCUAAAUGAAUCAAGUGAACAGAAAACGAAUGUUCUGGCAAUCGCAGCUCAUGAAAACUUUGACCUCUUAACCUUCGACUACGAUGUUGGUUUACUUCAGGUGGAAAAGCCCUUCGUGUUCAAUGACUUUGUGCGCCCAGUUUGUCUGCCUAGAAUGGAUGAGCCCCUCGAGCCUUCCUCCCUAUGCGUGGUCACAGGUUGGGGCAACAUGAAAGAAGUUACAGAGCUUUCCAGACGCUUACAGCAGCUACAGGUACCCAUUCUCAAUGCAGCAGUCUGUAACACUACUUACCACCCUGGGAUGAUUUCAGAGCGCAUGAUCUGUGCAGGGUUUCCAGACUCUGGAGGAAUGGAUGCCUGCAAGGGUGACUCCGGUGGUCCGUUGGUCUGUCACAAUACAAACAACUCUUAUGUAGUUUAUGGUAUUGUCAGUUGGGGUGUCGGAUGUGCUAGGCCCCGGAAACCGGGAGUGUAUACCAGAGUCCGCUCCUUCUUGAGCUGGAUAGAAGACACUCAACAAGGAAGAAACAACCAAAUUAAAAACCAACUUACCCUGCCAGAGAGACCGGAGAAUUUAUAUCAAAACUCCAGGCAGCAAGGUUGUCCAAGUCUAGAGGUCCUCUCAGCUGGUUCCGGUGAUCUCAAGUCUCCUGGCUAUCCAAUAACCUACAUGAACGACCUGGACUGCUGGUGGACCCUAGCCUCAUCCUUUGGCCAGCAGCUCCAGGUUCUCAUCAUAGAUUUGGCCUUGGAGGAGUCCCCAAACUGCACCCUGGAUGCUCUGAAUAUUUAUGAUGGCAUCAGUAACAAGAAACAUUUAUUGGUUACCCUAUGUGGAAAUGUUUCCAAUCUGACCUUGCAAUCCAGCGGAAGCCAUUUAACACUUAAUUUCCACACUGACUCGUCUGGGACCAGCCGUGGGUUUUACCUCCAUUCUAGUGAUGGUACUGCAAAAACACUGCGGUCCCUGGAAACUGACAAAGAAAAUGGAAACUGUGGGAGGUCACUCAUCGAUCCUAUGCUGAGAAGUGGGCCCAUCACAAUACCUGAGAUUGCCACAGAUGAAAUAAGGGCAGGGCGUGUGGUCGAAGGCCUGGCCGCCACCUAUAUGUCAUGGCCUUGGAUAGCCCAAAUCGAGAACAAGAAUGGAAAACACUACUGCGGAGCAACAAUAAUCCAUGAAACAUGGCUGGUGACUGCCGCUCACUGCAAAUUCACUGUCGGGUCGGAUAAAGUGUUUGUGGGAGCCACUGACUUGUCACAGCGAGAACGAACAGAAGUCUUUGUAAAACGCACUUUCACGCACAAUCUUUAUGAUGUUGACUAUACUCCUCCUGAGCAUGACAUCCGCCUGCUGGAGCUUGAGACUCCCCUUAUUCUGGGUGCAUCAGUUGGUGUAAUAUGCUUACCUGAGAAUAAAGAAGAACCUAUAGAUAAUGGAUGUCUGACAGCAGGGUGGGGAGCUAUAAAAGGUUCACAGUAUGCCAUAAUAUUACAGCAAGCGAGGAUUCCUCUGGUGUCUAAAGCAGAGUGCAUGAAAUUCUGGGACGAAGACAUAACAGAAGGAAACCUGUGUGCAGGGGGAGCAGGUGCUUCAUCUUGUUUGGGGGAUUCAGGAGGUCCACUGAUAUGUAAAGUGAAGAACAAGUACAACCUGGUGGGAAUAGUCAGCUGGGGGAGCAAUGUUUGUGACCCCAAAUUACCAACCGUUUACACAUCAUUGGCUAAAUACAAAGAUUGGAUAAAACUACACACUGGAGUAUAAUAAAAAUGUAUUCUCUAA